CUUGUUGUUAUCCAGUCUACGCUCCAUCGCCGAGUCUGCCACGUUGCCGUAGACACCGGUUCACACCGCUGGGGACUGAAGCGUUGAGAACCGGGCUGCCGCUCACCGGCGUUUAUCCAUCAGAUGUCUCAAAAUAAACGGGAAGAGAAACUAAACGGGCGAUUCCUGUCGGCCUAAAGCUUUCCCUGGAGUCGAGAUGCUGACGGACGUGAUAGUAGAGAAGGAGUUCGAGGGCAGUGAGGAGGAGCUGUGGUACAGCAGGAGGGAUCUGGAGCAUGAUCUCCAUUUGGCUGCUGAGCUGGGCAAGACUUUGUUGGACAGGAACCAUGAGCUGGAGCAGGGCCUUCAGCAGAUGUACUCCACCAAUCACGAGCAGCUGCAGGAGAUUGAGUACCUGACCAAGCAGGUGGAUCUCCUGAGGCAGAUGAACGAGCAGCAUGCCAAAGUUUAUGAGCAGCUGGACCUAGCAGCACGAGACCUGGAGAAAAGCAACCAGAGGCUGGUGCUGGAGAACCGCACGGCCCAGCACAGGAUCCAGAGUCUGACCGAGACCACAGAUGGGCUGCAGACGCACAUGGAGGGUCUUCAGAAGCAGGUGGACGAGCUGAAGGCGUCUCAGUCCAAGAGAGAUCUGGCAGCUGCCCGCCGCAGCCUCGGGGCCCAAAGCAUGUCCUGUCUGAAAGAAAUCUAUGAUCUGCAACGAGACAAGUACUUGAGCUCAGAGAGCCUGCAGGAGGAGAAGUCCUGGCCUGCACUGGAUGACAGACGUGUGGAGGAGGAGAACUCCACCCUGCAGCACACCCUUCAAAACCUCAAGGUGCAGCUGGCGGCCGAGCGGGUCCGACGGGUGGAGGCUGAGCGCGAGACGGAGCUGAUGGUGCAAGAAAACAGUGCUCUGGAGGAGCGUCUGGAUCUGCUGGAGGGAGAGCGCCGUCGACAGGCCGAGCUGGAGGCCGAGGUGGAGGAGCUCCGGCAGCUGUGCCGCUCCGAGGCGUCUGGUGCAAGACUGACAGACACGCUGCUGCCUGACAAUGUUUUCUUCGCUGUGGGGGUGGGGCACGAGGAGGAGGCGGGGCUGGAGGCGGAGCUUCCUCAGGGGAGGCGGCGCUGCAGCAGCGAGAGCUACGUCCGUGGGGCUCGAGCUGAAGAUAUCCGGCGCGGACACGAGCGCACGUGCAUCCGCCGAGCUCAAGCGGUGAAGCAGCGCGGGAUCUCGCUUCUCAACGAGGUGGACGCGCAGUACAGCGCACUACAGGUGAAAUACGAAGAGCUGCUCCGCCGCUUCCAGCAGGGGGCAGACAGCCUCAGGCACAAAGCCGUCCAGACGCCCACCGCUCCUGCACAGCGCCGCAAAAGCCAGACAACCACAGUCUGCCUCGCAGACGAGCUCCAUCAGCCAGAAUACAAGGCCCUGUUUAAAGAGAUCUUCACCUGCAUUCAGAAAACCAAAGAGGACCUGAGUGAGAACAGAGCCGGGCAGAGUCAGUGAGUUGGCAGUAUUAUGCAUCUUCAGUGGCUUUGCGCUUCCGAAUGAAUUUGAUGGACGUGUUGAGAGUUUUAAUAGCGCCGUGGUCUUUGUGUGAAUGUGUUGAUUGCACUAUAAACCCUGUGCCUAUACACGAUAUACAACACCCAACCCUCCACAACCUGCAAAUGCAGUAGACCUAAACGGGUUUUUGUACUUUUCUAAGCCUUACUCCAAUGAUUGAGGCACAUGAGAUGUGAGGAUCUCCAGCCAUGUGUGACACCUGAGUGCAUCUGUGCUUCGGGUUUGAAAACAGACCCACAUCUGUGUAGAAGGUCAAAACUUAAACAUCCAGUGUGUAGAGAGGAGACUUAAUUAUUGUUACUAACGACUAGCAGAGUUAACAAACUAACUUAACGUAAAUCAUAUGCCUGGUAGGGUGAAUCUCACAAAACCAAGAACGAGAGGUUUCACACCAAAAUUAAAAUAAAUAAAUUAUAUUGUAAAUUAAGCCUAUUUUUAGGAUCAUUUAAAA